AUGGCGCCCUUUGUAAAGUUAAUCUUCUCAAUGAUCGUCGUGUCGUCUGCACGCGCCCCUGUAUGUACAGAGCUCAGUCAAGGAAAGUUCGGCUUUGCUGUAGGCCUAAAUACAGUUUUUUUGAAUUUACCUCCUGAAAAUUCUAAUCCACACAGAUGUGGGAUGUUGUUUGUAGAGUGUUGUGAUUUUAAAUUGAGUGACUGUGAUGCUUUAUAUUCCUGAAGUUUGGCGAGUGAGUGGCAUUGGUUGGUGCAUGUACGUACAUGUAGGCCUAAUGGCCAAGGCUCUAAUACAUGCAUAUGUAUGGUAUUGAUUUUAUUGCCAACGAAUGCCACUUACCUCCCAUUAAAAAUCUAGACUAUGUACAAUUAUCAAACUUAAUACACCAGUUCCCAUUAUUGGGAUUUCAUUUGUUGCCGACAUGAAAUAAACUCCUCUCUCUCAAUAUGCUCAUUCUGUGAUACAUGAAGAGUGAGGUACCCAUCAUUGCUUUCAGAUGGUUCAUAACGUCUCUGCAGGAAGAAGUAAGGCUGUGUACAUAAUGGCUAUGCAGGACGCCCUAGUCACGAAACUGUAUGAAUACCUCCAACGCAAGACCUGUCUCUGUCACAUGGCUGGAACAAGCAAGUUGAGAGACUUGUCUUCAUUUAAGAGCUGGCUUCGAGGAGAGGACGGAACUGAGAAUGCCCGUGCUUUGAGAGGGGUGGAAGACCAACGGGGUUUGGAUGACGUUUCUAUACAGAAAAGCACAGCGAGGACACAGGAUGACACUGGGUAUUUAGAACACCACGGCACAGAUAGGGUGUCGUUGCAGCCCCUGGAGACCUGCACGUCAUCACCAGGAGAUCCACUGAAUGUAGGGUUUGCUGAUCAAAGUUGUGAAGAAAUUUGUGAAUCAGACCAAACACGCCACAAGUUGGCAGAGACCACGAAUGCAGUACUUGACGACUCACUUCAAAGAGAUGUUGAUGACAGUGAUAGCUGUUUUCGGCCGGGUGACAAAAGCUGUCCUCAUCAGAGACGACUGCCGGCUGACAGUGGGAAACUUCUCCGAGCGGACGACACGGCACAAGUCCAGGUGGGAACUCUUCAGAGGAUGGAGCAUGGUCAGCUGGAAAGGAGCAGUGUGCCUGACCAGGGGUUUUGCUGGAAAAUCAGAACAUGUCCAUUUACAUUGAGGCAGGUCCAAGAGGAAUCUAGUGUGACGAGCACCAACAGAUCAUUUGUUGCCAAGUCUCGAGACAGGAAGCUCCUCUGCCUCACCGUUGGCAAGGAGCUGUUUGAGGCCGUCCACUGCCUACAACUGCUGUCUCUGCAGCUUGAGAUGGUGAAUCGCGGAUCGCUACUUGAGGAGUUGGGUGUCCUGAUGUCCUCAGAAGACAGGCUGUCUGCAUUCAUGGCAUGCAAAAUGGCAAAGGCUGUGUUGGCAUCUUCAGCAGUUGACAAGGAAACAGCUGUCUCCUUCCUUCGUCACCACCUUCUCUGUAGUCUUUCCGCUAUCAGGACUGUGUUGCAACCCACCCGUCACUUUGACCAGAAUCGAAGGCCAUUGAGCCCAUCAGGACAACUCUCACAAACUGAGCGUCAGCGGGGUCAGGUACACAGGGGUCACACCAGUCCGAUGGAAGUCGUGAGGGGGAAAAUUGAUCUGGGUCAGACUGACAUGCAUAAAGUGAGUCAGAAUGAUUCAGGUCAAAUCUGUGUGGGUCAGGUUGGUUCAGACCAGACCACAUCAGGUCAGGCAUGCAUGGUUCAGCGUUGUACAGGUUUGGUCAAUUCUGGUCUGACCAAUUCCGGUCAGGACAUCGGAGGACAGGUAGACAAAGGUGAGAAUCACACUCAGAUGAUUCACAGUCUUGGCAAUCCGAACAGGUCCAAACAUCACCCAGAUUUGAGCGAGGUCAAUUCUGGUCAGGUCAACCAUGCAAUUUUCACCUUUGACCUCUGUCGGCUACUUUUGACAAAGAUCUGCUAUGAUGAGAACAAGGAGCCAAAUACACAGCAUCCAGGACCUGAGCGAAAUCACACCUCAUGCAAGGGUGUCUUCCAAAAGUUGGCUGACCAGGCAGUAAGACUUCAAGAUUUUCAAACAGCGGUAGAACGCACUCUGCGCGGGGACCUCCCAGCCAUAUUUCAGGAGGUGGCUUCUCUUCCACCAGCCGGAGAAGACAAGACUGCCAGGGUCAACUGGGAUGGCAAAGAUGUGUCGCUCGUCCUUGUAUCACUCCUGGAUCUCACACGUGCUCUGGUGAGACACCGCGGCGGAGCGGCGGAACAACACUGUGCCCGGGAGUUUGCCGCAAAGCUUGCCUCCCCACUGACGCAUCUCCUUGAAGGGUAUUGUGAGGACCUUGUUGUCUUGAAGAGGAUCCUGGACAUUUUUUCAUGGCUGAUGGACCAUUCUGCAACAAGUGCGUUACAUUCUGGCCAGUCACAUUCAAGUGGACAUCUGCCUGCUACAGUGGACUAUGAUUUAGUCACCGCUGCAACGGCUUUUCUGAAAACGAUCGAAAAGGGGAACUUUUUGGAGCGCUUUCCAUACCGGAGUGGGCCCGUUGGCUUUGGAGGUCGUGAUUUCCACCCCGGUGGAUGCGACGAAGACGAUUCGUCGGGGGAUCAUGCACUGCUGAGGAAGCUCUGCCGAGCUAUAUUGUGUGCAGUGAAAACACUUGUCACCAGCGAGAACUCUGGAAAGAAUUCCAAUAAAACAGAUGUUGGGCGGUGUCUCCAAGUUGUCUCUGAUUUCGUCUGCCGCCAGCUCAACCUUGCUGCCUCUGCCGAUGUUCCCAUGUGGUUGUUCGAACUCUUCGCUGACCAGGAUGAUGGCCUGGUGUGGGCCAUGCAGUGCUGCCUGGAUCUGUACAAAGCCUUCAAGUCAGUGCAGCCACCUGGUUGUCCCUGGACGAACCAGCUCAACCCCCAUCGGAUCUUUGGCAGGUUCCUGGACACCGUAGCCUAUGAUCCCAGUGUCCUCCUGGAUUUACUGAUAUCGUCGGAGACCCAGUUCUUAAAGUAUCUGGUCUCUUACCUGCAUACCAUUCUUGGAGACUGGAAUUUGUUCAGACUUUCUCAUCAAGAAGCCUCCUCCAAGGACUCCAACUCUCAUUUAAAACGGACUUCGGACAUGACAUCAAAGACAUUCUCUGAUGACGAGGAGCCGCAUCUUGCCUGUGACGUUCAGUGCCAAGAAGAGGCAGCCGUGCCCGAAUUUUGCCAAAGAAACAAGAGAAGAAAAACUGACACUCGAGGCGGUGCUGACCAAAGGAUAGCGAGUCCAACAGAUGCUCUCAAUCGUAGUCCCUCUAUUCAGACCUCAACGCCUGCCUGUACGUCCCCAAAAGACACAAAGAAAUCCAGUCCCACUCCAUCAGACAUGCCAGGCAUCUCAUCGGUCUCUCCCGCUGUACAGACUCCGCAGACGUUGAGCCGUCAGACAGACGCUGUGUCCCAGUCUCUGGACGAUGUAAUGACAACACUGAUCAGGCUUCGCUUUUCGAUUGAGAGGAUCAGCGGCAGCAAUUUGUUUCCCUACCCGGUCGCACCUCUACUUCGGCUGCUGGAAAGGGUUGAAGACAUGUACGAAGGAGAAGAAUAGACACAGGACAUUGAGAAUCAUUGCUACAGAAGGCAAAGGAUGUGGACCUACGUAAGACUGUUGGAAAUAACAUGAAGUCUGCUUACGUUGAAGUAUAUGUAAACUUACAUAUGACGCAGAAGGACGACGAAAUAUUGACUUUUCCAAACAUGCACUCAGAUGCUUAUAUCUAUCGGGGCACACAUCAUGUAUACAAGCUAAGGUUUUGCCAGGACAGCACACAUUUUAUUACUAAAAUCCAAAUUCCUUGAACUAUGACAAGAUUCUGUACAUGUCUAAGGGUACCAGUUGGGUCCUGAAAUGUCAAAUACCAAUCUACACGUACAUGUACAUAUGCCAGUUAAUGAAAAAUCUUAAUCAUCCACAGCUGUGAAAAAAAGAAAUGUUUGCCUUCAAUCAAAUGCUAUCUGGAAUUUUCAUACCUCUGUCUUGGAUACUGUCAGUUCAUUGGCCCAAUACGAUCACAUCACAUGACAAGGCGAUAUAUCCACAUAUCACACUUGCCAUGAGACAUCUCGUGCCGAUAGCAUGUGCACGCACACAAGAAAAAAGAGCUUCGGGAAUUUUGAGAGUGACCGUAGUCGCUCAUUUAGUCAGUUUUGCGUGGUACCCAUGAUACGUUUUGUGCAUAGGUUACUGCAUCUUCCAUUGAAUUAAAUCAAUGGUCAUGCUCAUAUAACAGACUCGUUCCCGUCCCAGCAGCAUGUAAGGCAAUGCAGGGACGGCUAACCAGACUAUCCGCACUACUUUCAUAUUAAAGUUUACGCAAUUAAAGAAGGUUAGGCAAUAGUGCCUUCGCAGACGAUAUUGUUUACGUCUGUUAUGUUAAUUAUGCAGUUUGAUAGUAGGCCUAUCAUCUUCUGAACUCAGUUCUGAAAUUUUGAGCUCGUUUUUUCUUUGGAUAAAUUCCUCAGCCUCAACAUAAUUAAGACAGAGGUACACGUAUGACAAAACAAUUGUCGACUACUGUGAUGUGGGACAUGAUGUUUUAAACACCCUCUGGCAUGCAUAGCACCCACGGCUUUGCCCCGGGGCGCUGUGUGUCCCUCAGAUGUUCAAAAUGUCAUAUCCCACAUCACAGCAAUCAACAAUUGUUAAAUGAUACGCCUGUACUCUGCACAAUUAGUAUAAAGUUACUUAGACCGUAUGACUGAUACCUGGUACACUGUAUCGCUCAUGUACAUGUGAAUGCACAGUGUGGAGCCCAACUCUUACAUGUACACAAAUUAGGCUUGCCACGCCAUGCAAUAAAGCAGUAGGGUCUGCAGUCAUGGGGGACUUCCAAUCCAAAUGCAGUAGUUGCAAAUGAGCAUUCUUGGUCAAAAUACUGAACUGGCCUCUUACAGAUGGCUACUGUGCUUUACGGUUUUAUUCCAACUGCAACACUUUUGUAUCAGGAAUCCCCCUUUUAAGAUGCCUUCUGUCUUAUCGCAUAAAAACACCCAAAAGCUUUCAGGAUAAAUAGUGUCAUGCCAUAAUGAUAAAGUUGGGAUCUCUCUGCCCAAUUUAACCUUCGGGUAUUACAGCAGUGUAACGACACCACUUUAUUACAACACGAUACUGACAGUUGUCGUGGUGUGCAUCGCAUCAAGCAGGGUGAACGUCAUCAUGUAAACGUUACCGAACGUUCUUAUCCAUGUAAAUGUGUACCAUCUGUUUGAUAUGUCACAGGGAAUAGUCUGACUCCUGUUCAAGGUUAUAAACAGCCAAGUAGGCUGAUGUUACAUCUUGGCAAAUAUUCACAAACAUUACAACAGUUUAUCAUUACAACCCCCCCUUUCAAAAUGUAAAGAAUAAAAACAAAUUAAAACCCC